GGCACUGCUGUAGAAAGAUGACCCCUACUGGUUGGAUAUCAUUUAGUUGGACAACAUCAAAUGUAAUCAUGACUAAUUGUGAUUGUAAUUAAUCAUGAUUGCUUGAGAUAAAGCAACAUACACAAGUACCACAAAAUCCAUUUGUCUUUGGAUUUGCGUAAACAGAAAGACAAAGACAGCAGGUACCAGCGGCAGGAACCACAACUAUGUGAAAACAUUUUUUUAAAUAUCACUUUUUUGUACUGUGCAUAAAAAUGUAUAAAGUCCAGGUUGUUAUUUUAAUAAGAUGUGUUUCCAAAUGGACCCCAAAAAAGUAGCAGCAGCACCAGCAAAAGCACCUUUACUCUCUGGACAUUUUCCAAUUAGGCUGUGGCUUUGGAGGAGAUCAAAGCUUAGAUAAUCCUAUGGCUGGAAUUGCAUGACCACAAGUAUAUGGAGCUAGAAAUGAGGGUGAAGCAAUGGGGAGUCCAUCUGAGGAAUGAGCAUGUCAUUGUAAAUUACAGAGAAGAGAGGGAAGUGUAGAGGAGGGAAAAAAAAAAGAUAAGUAGGAGGAGGAAAGUAAAGGUGAUACAAAGUGAAGCUGGGUGCCAUACAGAGAAGGACAUGAAAGAAGGGAGGGAGGGAGGAGGAAGAAGACGGGAAAGGGUCUGUGGUUGGUGCUGCUGUACGUGACGUCAGCGGCUUGUUGGAUUGAGGUGCCGCGUCCUGCUGAUUUUAAUCCUAACUCAUUAACAGAGCGGGAGAGAGAGAGGGUGAGAGAGAGAGAGAGAGUGAGAGCAAAUGCCGGCACAAGGCCUCCGGGGGAAAAAGUGACAAGAGAAGGGAUAAAACAACAGCAAUUAUCAAUUUAUCAAGACAGAAAAGUGGAGUUCAAUUACAACAAAAGACUCUGUAUUUUUCUUCCUGGCUCCCAUGCCUCAUAACCUUCCACCCUCUCUGUCCUAAUUUGCUGUUUGUGAAGUCUUGACGCGCGGCCUGGUCGAUCAUGCCCACCAACGGAAUCAACAGGACCCUGAAGCUGCAGUUUGGCCUAAUCAACUAUGAGAACCGCUACCUCACUGCUGAGGCCUUUGGUUUCAAGGUGAAUGCCUCAGGCACCAGCAUGAAGAAGAAACAGGUCUGGACUUUGGAAAAGGACGAACAGGAUGCCCAGGUGGUGUUUCUCCGCAGCCACCUGGGGCGCUACCUGGCCUCGGACAAAGACGGUAAAAUCUCCUGUGAUGCAGAAAAACCUGACCCAGACUGUCGUUUCCUGAUCAUGUCCCAGUCUGAUGGCCGCUGGGCAUUGCAAUCAGAGCCAUAUCUGCGUUACUUUGGAGGUUCUGCAGACUACCUGUCCUGCUUCGCCCAGGUCAUCGGGGAACAAGAGCUGUGGGCAGUGCAUUUGGCCUUACACCCACAGGCUAGUCUGCUCAGCGUGGCACGCAAGCGCUAUGCCCAUCUAUCUGCAUCUGAUGGAGAAAUAUCUGUCGACAGCAACAUUCCCUGGGGAGUGGACUCUCUGGUCACCCUGGUGUAUACAGAUGGAAAGUACAGCCUUAAGACCUGUGAUGGCCGUUUUCUCAGGAAUGAUGGUAAACUGGUGAAGGAGGACGGCAACAAUACCAGCUUCACUCUGGAGCUCAAAUCAGGCAAGCUGGCCUUUAAAGACUGUGAUGGGAAAUACUUAACCCCUAUAGGCCCAACAGGCACACUGCGCUCUGGUCGAUGCCCGAAACCAGGAAAAGAUGAGCUGUUUGAUCUUGAAGAGAGUCAUCCACAAGUAGUCUUUCAAGCUGCCAAUAACAGAUUUGUCUCAGUGAAGCAAGGAGUCAGUAUUUCAGCCAAUCAGGAUGCAGAGACAGACUUGGAAACGUUCCAAAUGGAGAUUGACAAGAAGAGUAAGAAAGCCAUGUUCCGAACCAACGGAGGAUCGUACUGGACUCUGGUCACCCACGGAGAGAUCCAAUCCACUGCCACAGAAAUAGAGAUCAACACAAUGUUUGACAUUGAGUGGCGAGGACACAGAGUCGCACUCAAGGCAAGUAAUGGAAAGUAUGUGUGUACAAAGAAGAAUGGGCAGCUCUCAGCUGUGAGUGAUACUGUGGGUAAGUAUGUUGACCAGUUUCCUUUGACCACAUAUUUCUCACGAAAGUCAUAUGGUGGGAGAGUGUACAAAUUAACCAUGUUGCAUCUCAUCACAGGGGAUGAUGAAUUAUUCCUGAUGAAACUCAUCAACCGCCCCAUGCUAAUACUUCAGGGAGAAAACGGGUUUGUGUGCCACCACAGGAACUCCAACACUCUUGAUGCGAAUCGAUCGGUCUACGACAUUUUCUCACUGAUCUUCAACAAUGGAGCCUACCAUGUAAAAAGUGGAAAUGAAAAGUUCUGGCAUGUCUCCAGCAGUGGCCUUGUGUGCUCAGAUGGAGAAAAGCCGGAGGAGUUUUUUCUCGAGUUCCUGGAACAUGGACGGGUAGCCAUUAAAGGUUCCAAUGGUCAAUACCUUCGCGGGGACAAGGGAGGUACACUAAUGUGUGAUGCUACAUCUGUUGAUACAUCUUCUCUCUGGGAGUAUUGAGCUGCUGUUCUGUCCUCAAAGAAGACUGAAGAUGCUGGUAAAAAUAUAAAUGGACCGACAUUUCCCAGAGUCCCAGUUCUUUUCUAACGGUAAAAAAUGAAUUCAUUCGAGCAGUGGUACUCAAACCUUUUACACCACCUUCCUCCUCUUAAAAUAGUUGGCUGUGCCUGUACCACCACUCUGGUCAACAUAAAACUACAGUACAGAUCUACACAGUUCACUGUACACAAUAUGAGCCAA